GAGAUUUUGCAGCUCUCCUGCCCAGUAGUGGUGCCUGCUGCGGUGGUGUCCGUCUCCUCCUGCAAAAUAGGGGCUAGGGAAUCCCACCCAGCAGUUCGUGCAUUUGCCCAAACAGUUGGGAUUGAAUUAAAGGCUCUUUUUAAAAGGACCCUCCGGUCUUUUAGCUUUUAAAAUUCCAAGCCGUGGAGUCCUCCAACAUUCCUGUUGAGUUGUAACUGGUCAGUCACCCUUUAUGUCUAGUGCUAUGGAAAUAACACUGGUGGGGGAGCAAGACUGCAACCAGUAGUUGGCCAUCUGCCCUGAGAGUGUGUCUGCCUUUCCCCUCCUCACACCCACCCGUUCUGGCUGUAGCAGUGGAUGCGCUCUCUUCUAAACGUGCACUUAUUUUUAGUGAUUAUUGUUGCAUUUAAUUCAGUGUUUUCAUCUGCAUCUCUAGGUGUUGGCAGCACCUGCAGGGGUCUAACAGUAACGGCCUUCCCGCCUGAAGAUGUCUAACAAUGGAGUUGAAACAGAAGACAAACCGCCUGCUCCUCCCAUGAGAAAUACCAGCACUAUGAUUGGAUCAGGAAGCAAAGAUGCUGGGACUUUAAACCAUGGCUCAAAACCUUUGCCUCCCAACCCAGAAGAAAAGAAAAGAAAGGAUCGAUUUUACCGUGCUAUUUUACCAGGAGAUAAAACCAAUAAAAAGAAAGAGAAGGAGCGGCCGGAGAUCUCCCUCCCUUCAGACUUUGAACACACGAUUCAUGUGGGGUUUGAUGCAGUCACAGGAGAAUUCACAGGAAUGCCGGAGCAAUGGGCACGUUUACUGCAGACUUCCAACAUCACCAAGUCGGAGCAGAAGAAGAACCCCCAGGCAGUGCUGGACGUCUUGGAGUUUUACAACUCCAAGAAGAUUUCCAACAGCCAGAAGUACAUGAGUUUCACAGAUAAAGCGACAGAGGAUUACAAUUCAUCAAAUACAUUGAAUGUGAAGGCUGUCUCUGAGACCCCUGCAGUGCCCACAGUGUCUGAAGAUGAAGAUGAUGAAGAUGAUGCAGCUCCACCGCCUGUGAUAGCUCCGCGCCCUGAACACACGAGAUCUAUAUACACCCGCUCUGUGAUAGACCCACUUCCUCCUCCUACCAGAGAUGCGGCAACCUCUCCUAUUUCUUCUCCCUCGGAAAACAGCACAACAAUGCCUGACAUGCUGGUCAGGAACACGGAGAAACAAAAGAAAAAGCCAAAAAUGUCAGAUGAAGAAAUCUUGGAAAAAUUAAGAAGUAUCGUGAGUGUGGGCGAUCCAAAAAAGAAGUACACGUGUUUUGAGAAGAUUGGACAAGGAGCCUCAGGUACAGUUUACACGGCAAUAGAUAUAGCUACAGGACAGGAGGUUGCAAUCAAACAGAUGAAUUUGCAGCAGCAGCCCAAAAAAGAACUGAUUAUUAAUGAAAUCCUUGUGAUGAGGGAAAACAAAAACCCCAACAUUGUCAACUACUUGGACAGUUACCUUGUAGGAGAAGAGCUCUGGGUGGUCAUGGAGUACUUGGCAGGAGGAUCCCUGACAGAUGUCGUGACAGAGACCUGCAUGGACGAAGGACAAAUCGCAGCUGUGUGCCGAGAGUGUCUCCAAGCUCUGGAAUUCCUCCAUUCAAACCAAGUUAUUCACAGGGACAUCAAGAGUGACAACAUUCUGCUGGGAAUGGAUGGCUCUGUCAAACUAACUGACUUUGGCUUCUGUGCCCAGAUCACUCCUGAGCAGAGCAAACGCAGUACCAUGGUGGGGACCCCAUAUUGGAUGGCACCUGAAGUGGUGACGCGGAAGGCAUAUGGGCCCAAAGUGGAUAUCUGGUCACUGGGGAUAAUGGCCAUCGAGAUGAUUGAAGGAGAGCCUCCCUACCUCAAUGAGAACCCUCUGAGAGCCCUGUAUCUCAUUGCUACUAACGGGACUCCAGAACUGCAGAAUCCGGAAAAGCUUUCCCCCAUAUUCCGAGACUUCUUAAAUCGCUGUCUUGAAAUGGAUGUGGAGAAGAGAGGUUCUGCGAAAGAGCUGCUACAGCACCAGUUCCUGAAAAUUGCAAAGCCUCUAUCCAGUCUCACUCCUCUGAUUAUUGCAGCUAAAGAGGCUGCCAAGAACAACCAUUAAAGUGGUCGAGUCAACACAGUCGUCGUGUCAAGACUUAGGUGUUCGUUUCAGAGACUGAAUUACCUGCCCCUCUCCCCUUCUGCUCCUUCUUCACAGGGGUGUUCUUAAAACUUUGAUCUGCCCUGAAGGGUGACAGAGGUUUUGUUCACUGGAUGUGGAAGGGCACGGAACAGGGAGACUGCUGAUCUUGCAUAGUGAACUGUCUUCCCAUCCUCAUGAUGGGGGUGAGAGGGGAAGGUUGUAUGGUUGAGAAUAUCUUUCUGAGAACGUCUGAACCUGACCUACACGUAGCAAAGCCAGUUUGUUUUCACAUUUCUUACUGUGUUUAUUUAAAAAAAAAAAAACGUGGAGCCUUAGACCAUGUUUAUCUUAAUAAAUUAAAUCUCUUGCUGGCUGGACUUUCCCUCCUUCUGGCAAGCUGCUGUUACACCACUGAGGCUACUCUGUGCUUUGGAUGACUGGAGGAGGGAAGGAAGCAGUCAGCCGAAAUGUGAACAGCUGUAACAACUGAAAGGGGUAUGAGGGUGUGAAUACACAUACCUCCUACAGCACCGCUGGAUGCUUCGAGGGAGCAUGGAGAAGGCCUCCGUGUGUUUCCUGCAGCCGUUGGAGAUCUUAAUUCUUGGAUGAUCUUUUUGCCAAAUUGUGUGAAU